CCAGGCACAGAGAGAGACGUACAGACAGACACCGAGAGAGAGGCAUUUUAAUUUCCUUUGCUUUUUCUUUUCUUUCAUAUCUACGACCUAUCUACCAAUCUAUCUCUAUCUCGCCCUUGCUUUGCUUCAGCGAAGCCCACGAUUCGGCGUUCCAUUUACUUCUCCUCCUCGUUUCUCGGACUCGGGAAAAGAAAAAGAAAAGAGAAAAUUCGAAAAAAAAAAAAUAUUUCGUUGGUAAAGAAAAAACAGACAGAUCACGAACACGAAACUCUCAAUUCGAAGAUCUCGAUACUUGCGAUAGGCAGCAGCUGAUUUCGAUCGCUGCUUGGAAUACAUUAGCAGCUAAUUUUUUUUUCUUGUGAUUUUUUUGGUUGGAUUAUGUUUUGAAUUUUGGGGGCGUGUGUGGAGCUUGUGGGGGAGAUCUUUCGGAUCUGGGGACCGGGAAAGGGGUGGGGUUGGGCGCAUAUGUUUGAGCGAUCAAAAGGGAAAACGAUGAAAUGGGUUUCAUUGCUUAAGGACAUCAAAGAGAAGGUCGGUCUAACUCAGUCUUCGUCUGCUGCCGCCACUGCCUCUGCUUCUUCAUCUCCUUCUUCCGCUCCCUCGUCGGCUCGCGAUCGCAAUGCUCCUUCUUCAACUCGUUGGCAGGACUCCUCUUCGUCUCCCGCGAGAGAUAAACAUGAAUUGGAGUUGGACUUCAAGAGAUACUGGGAAGAGUUCCGGUCAUCCAGCUCGGAAAAGGAGAAAGAAGUGGCCUUGAAUUUGACUGUAGAUGUAUUUUGUAGAUUAGUGAAGCAGCAUACUAAUGUAGCUCAGUUACUUACCAUGUUAGUUGAAACACACAUUUUCUCUUUUGUUGUGGGAAGAGCAUUUGUAACAGAUAUUGAGAAGUUGAAAAUCAGCAGCAAAACAAGGUCUUUGGAUGUAGUUAAAGUGUUAAAGUUUUUUUCAGAAGUCACAAAGGAUGGAAUCAGUCCUGGUUCAAAUUUGUUAUCUGCGAUUGAGAUCCUUGUAUCUGGGCCUGUUGAUAAACAGUCUCUCCUCGAUUCGGGCAUAUUUUGCUGUCUCAUUCAUAUUCUCAAUGCCCUUCUGAAUCCUUAUGAGACCAGUCAAAGGCAAAAAGCUAAUGAUCACGAAGAAGUAUUGCUAGCAAGAAAAGAUUAUGAUGGUGAUGUUGGGCAAGCCCGCCGGCUUGAGGUAGAGGGAAGUGUUGUGCAUAUUAUGAAAGCAUUGGCAAGCCAUCCUUCAUCAGCACAGAGUUUGAUUGAAGAUGAUUCGCUUCAGUUGCUCUUUCAGGUGGUUGCCAAUGGGUCUUUGAUAGUCUUUGCUAGAUACAAGGAAGGUCUUGUUCCUCUGCACAGCAUACAGCUUCAUAGACAUGCUAUGCAGAUACUUGGUCUACUUAUGGUCAAUGACAAUGGAAGCACAGCCAAAUAUAUUCGCAAGCAUCAUCUGAUAAAAGUUCUUUUAAUGGCCGUUAAAGAUUUCAAUCCUGACAGUGGCGAUUCUGCCUAUACUAUGGGCAUUGUGGACUUGUUACUUGAAUGUGUGGAAUUGUCAUAUAAACCUGAGGCUCGUGGUGUCAGGCUCAGAGAAGAUAUACAUAAUGCCCAUGGUUAUCAGUUCCUUGUUCAGUUUGCCUUAACUCUUUCCCAAAUGCCGGAAAGUCAGGGCUUUCAGUCCAUUUAUUCCCAGUCUUCUGACCAAAAUUGUGCUUCAGAUGGUUCUACUGCAGUGUAUCAAGUAGAAAGACUGGAUUCCACAGGAAAAGAGGAUCCCUCGCCCCAACAUCUUUCACUUACGCUGUCUAGGUUGCUUGAUGUUCUUGUUAAUUUAGCUCAAACUGGCCCAUUGGAACAUACGGGAUCUUUUGGUGGCAAAGGUUCCAAGUCUUCUCUUACUAAGACUGGUAGCCAUAGCAGAAGUCGUACAUUAUCUUCUGACCGCAUUGCUGACGAAGUUUGGGACAAGGACAAUAAUAAAGUUAAAGACCUUGAAGCAGUCCAGAUGUUGCAAGACAUUUUCCUCAAAGCAGACAGCAGGGAAGUGCAGGAAGAAGUGUUAAAUAGAAUGUUUAAAAUAUUCUCAAGUGAUCUUGAAAACUACAAGCUGUGUCAGCAGUUACGUACUGUUCCACUUUUUAUCCUAAAUAUGGCAGGUUUUCCUCCAUCUUUCCAAGAGAUAAUCUUGAAAAUUCUUGAAUAUGCUGUGACUGUUGUGAAUUGCGUUCCUGAGCAAGAACUACUUUCACUUUGCUGCUUAUUACAGCAACCAAUAACUUCAGAAUUAAAGCACACCAUACUCGCCUUUUUUGUAAAGCUCUUAUCCUUUGACCACCAGUACAAAAAAGUCUUGCGAGAAGUUGGUGUACUGGAAGUUCUGUUAGAUGAUUUGAAGCAGCAUAAGUAUCUCUUGGGUCCAGACCAACAUAAUGGUAACCUUAAUCAAUUGGAGAGAAAAUCCAGCUCAAGCAGCUUCAAGAAACAUUUGGAUAGUAAGGAUGUCAUUAUUACUUCACCCAAGCUAAUGGAAUCGGGUUCUGGGAAGUAUCCUAUUUUUGAAGUUGAGGGUACAAUUUCUGUUGCAUGGGAUUGUAUGGUCUCUUUAUUAAAGAAAGCUGAAGCCAAUCAAGCAUCAUUCCGUUCAGCUAAUGGUGUAACAACUGUUCUUCCUUUUCUGGUGUCUAAUAUACAUCGUCCAGGAGUUCUGAGGAUAUUGUCAUGUUUGAUCAUUGAAGAUGUAACACAGGUUCAUCCUGAAGAAUUAGGUGCAGUUGUUGAAAUUCUAAAAAGUGGAAUGGUCACCAGUGUUUUGGGAUCUCAAUACAGGCUUCAUAAUGAUGCAAAAUGUGACACUAUGGGAGCCUUGUGGCGUAUUCUGGGAGUUAAUAAUUCUGCUCAGAGGGUCUUUGGUGAAGCGACUGGGUUUUCUCUUCUACUUACCACACUCCAUAGUUUCCAAAGUGAUGGAGAGCACACAGAUCAAUCUGCUUUAGAGGUUUACGUCAAGGUUUUUAUGUACUUACUGCGGGUUAUGACUUCUGGAGUUUGUGAUAAUGCUGUUAAUAGAACAAAGUUGCAUACAAUUAUAUCAUCCCAAACUUUCUUUGAUCUUCUAGCUGAGUCUGGCUUACUUUGUGUGGAGUGUGAAAAGCAAGUCAUACAGUUGUUGCUGGAACUAGCACUUGAAAUUGUGCUUCCACCAUUCCUGGCAUCAGAGAAUGCUACAUCAUCUGAUAUUCUGGAAAACGAGUCAUCUAGCUUUCUUUUAAUGACUCCAUCAGGUUCAUUUCAUCCUGCUAAAGAAAGAGUCUACAAUGCUGGUGCUGUUAGAGUUCUUAUCCGUUCAUUGUUGCUCUUUACUCCCAAGGUGCAGCUGGAAGUGCUAAGCCUCAUUGAGAGGCUUGCUCGCGCUGGCUCCUUCAAUCAGGAAACCCUUACCUCCGUAGGUUGUGUUGAACUUUUACUGGAGACAAUUUACCCCUUUCUUUUGGGCUCCUCUCCAUUGCUUUCUUAUGCUUUGAAGAUUGUGGAAGUUCUUGGGGCAUAUAGAUUAUCUGUAUCAGAGCUUCGAAUGCUUAUUAGAUAUGUUCUACAACUGAGACUGAAGAAUUCUGGUCAUGUACUUGUUGACAUGAUGGAGAAAUUGAUUCUCAUGGAAGACAUGGCCUCGGAAAAUGUUUCUCUGGCACCGUUUGUGGAGAUGGACUUGAGCAAGAAUGGCCAUGCUUCUAUUCAGGUUUCUCUUGGGGAAAGAUCAUGGCCACCAGCUGCUGGUUAUUCAUUUGUCUGCUGGUUUCAGUUUCGAAAUUUCUUGAAAUCACAAGUAAAGGAUACAGAACCUUCCAGAACUGGCCCUUCUAAGAGGAGGACAGGCUCUACGACACAUCAACUUGAGCGGCAUAUUCUCCGGGUAUUUUCUGUUGGUGCAGCUAAUAAUGAAAGCACAUUUUAUGCUGAACUUUAUCUUCAGGAGGAUGGUGUUCUAACCCUUGCAACAAGCAAUUCUUGCUCCUUGUCGUUUUCUGGAUUAGAACUUGAGGAAGGCAGGUGGCAUCACCUUGCAGUUGUUCAUAACAAACCAAAUGCUCUUGCUGGGCUAUUCCAAGCUAGUGUUGCUUAUGUGUAUCUUAAUGGAAAGAUGAGACACACAGGAAAACUAGGAUACUCUCCAUCACCAGUUGGAAAACCUUUGCAAGUAACCAUUGGGACUCCGGUUACUUGUGCAAGAGUUAGUGACUUGACCUGGAAACUCCGCUCGUGCUAUCUUUUUGAGGAGGUGCUCACACCAGGUUGCAUUUGUUUCAUGUACAUUCUUGGUAGAGGAUAUAGAGGGCUCUUCCAAGACACAGAUCUUCUGCAGUUUGUCCCAAACCAGGCUUGUAGGGGUGGUAGUAUGGCCAUCUUAGAUUCGUUAGAGGCUGACUUGACUUUGGCUUCAAAUAUACAGAGGCUUGAUAGUGCUAGCAAGCAAGGAGAGUCCAAAGCAGAUGGCAGCGGGAUUGUUUGGGAUUUGGAGAGAAUAGGAAACCUAUCUUUACAGCUCUCAGGAAAGAAACUCAUAUUUGCAUUUGAUGGGACAUGUACCGAAUCUGUUCGAGCAUCAGGGACUAUGUCAAUGCUCAAUCUAGUUGAUCCUAUGUCAGCAGCUGCUUCUCCUAUUGGGGGUAUACCACGGUUUGGACGUUUCCAUGGGGAUAUCUAUGUCUGUAGACAAUGUGUGAUUGGUGAUACCAUCUGCCCAAUUGGUGGGAUGACUGUUAUCUUGGCCCUUAUUGAAGCUGCUGAAACUAGGGAUAUGCUGCACAUGGCCCUUACGUUACUUGCUUGUGCACUUCAUCAGAAUCCCCAAAAUGUUAGAGACAUGAAGACAUACAGGGGAUACCAUUUGCUUGCUCUAUUUCUACGUCGCAGAAUGUCAUUAUUCGACAUGCAAUCUCUUGAGAUCUUUUUCCAGAUUGCUGCAUGUGAAGCUUCAUUUUCUGAACCAAAGAAGUUGGAGAGUAUUCGAACUACAUUGUCACCUGCUGCAACUGUUCAGGAAAGUAGUUUUGAGGAUCUUAAUUUGUCAAAGUUCCGUGAUGAAAUUUCCUCAGUUGGAUCUCAUGGAGAUAUGGAUGAUUUUUCUGCACAGAAAGAUUCAUUUAGUCAUAUUUCAGAGCUGGAAAAUGCUGAUAUGCCUGCUGAAACUUCAAAUUGCAUUGUCUUGUCAAAUGCAGAUAUGGUUGAGCAUGUCUUGUUGGAUUGGACAUUGUGGGUAACAGCCUCAGUUUCAAUUCAAAUUGCACUGCUGGGAUUUCUUGAGCAUCUAGUGUCCAUGCAUUGGUACAGGAACCAUAAUCUUACAGUUCUGCGUCGAAUAAACCUUGUUCAACAUUUACUCGUGACUCUGCAGCGGGGUGAUGUUGAAGUUCCUGUUUUGGAAAAGUUGGUUGUAUUGCUUGGGGUCAUUUUAGAAGAUGGGUUUCUGGCUUCUGAACUGGAACAUGUGGUUAGGUUUGUGAUUAUGACAUUUGAUCCACCUGAACUGAUACCACGGCGUCCAAUCCUGCGAGAGUCAAUGGGGAAGCAUGUCAUUGUGAGAAAUAUGCUGCUGGAAAUGCUAAUUGAUCUACAAGUAACCAUUAAAUCAGAAGAGUUGCUUGAGCGGUGGCAUAAGAUUGUUUCAUCCAAACUAAUUACAUAUUUUCUUGACGAAGCCGUUCACCCUACUAGUAUGAGAUGGAUCAUGACUCUUCUUGGUGUGUGUCUUACUUCUUCUCCUACCUUUUCUCUAAAAUUUCGGACUAGUGGUGGUUAUCAAGGUUUGGCACGAGUGCUCCCAAGUUUCUAUGAUUCCCCAGAUAUAUAUUACAUUUUGUUCUGUCUGAUCUUUGGAAAGCAAGUUUAUCCAAGAUUACCGGAAGUCCGCAUGCUAGACUUUCAUGCCCUUAUGCCAAGUGAUGGAAGUCAUGUGGAAUUGAAAUUUGUGGAACUGUUGGAGUCUGUGAUUGCUAUGGCGAAAUCUACAUUUGAUAGGUUGAGCAUGCAGUCAAUGCUUGCCCACCAAACUGGUAAUCUUUCCCAGGUUUGUGCUGGCCUUGUGGCCGAGCUUGUGGAGGAAAAUGCAGACAUGGCUGGAGAGCUGCAGGGUGAAGCACUGAUGCAUAAGACAUAUGCAGCACGCUUAAUGGGUGGGGAAGCAGCAGCCCCUGCAGCAGCAACUUCAGUUCUGAGAUUCAUGGUUGAUCUGGCAAAAAUGUGCCCUCCUUUUUGUUCUCUUUGCAGACGGGUGGAAAUUCUUGAAAGCUGCAUUGACCUUUAUUUUUCAUGUGUUAGGUCUGCAUAUGCAGUAAAAAUGGCUAAAGAACUCUCUGUUAAGACAGAAGAUAAAAACUUGAAUGAUUGUGAUGAUACUAGUAGCUCGCAGAAUUCUAGCCUGCCUCAUGAACAGGAGCAAUCUGUCAAAACUUCCAUUAGCAUUGGAAGCUUCCCUCAAGGGCAGGUAAGUACAAGCUCUGAAGAUAUGGCUCUGCCGCCAAACUAUAUGGCCAGUGAUAAAGCAGAGAUCAAUGCUUCUGUGACCCAGCAGGAAUUGAACAAAUCAGUCCAAGAAGAUGCCCAAGCUGCUCAGAGCUUAGAUGGUGAUAAUGUUGACCAGGUGUCUGCCACCUCUAGCACAAAUGGAUUUAGCUUCCGUGAUGUUAAAGGCACUCUUGAUCCCAUUCAGCCACCGGAUUCUCAGAGUUCUGCCUCUCUUACUAUGCCUGAUUCUCCCAUUUUAUCAGAGAAAUCUAAUUCUAGACUACCAUUCACACCCUCUUCAUCUCCAGUUAUUGCCUUGACAUCUUGGCUGGGAAGUGCAAGCCAUAAUGAAUCCAGGGCUGCCUUAGUUGCUACUCCUUCCAUGGAGUCUUCUGUGUCUGUUAGUGAAUUCGAUCCAUCUUCAGACUUUAAGUCCAGUUCUCAAGGACCAUCUGCAGCGAAUACCUUCUUUUCUGUCAGUCCAAAGCUUCUUAUUGAAAUUGAUGAUUCUGGCUAUGGUGGUGGUCCUUGUUCUGCUGGAGCGACGGCGGUUUUAGAUUUCAUGGCAGAAGUUCUUUCUGACAUUGUGACAGAGCAAAUAAAAGCAUCACAGGUUAUAGAAAGCAUCUUGGAAAGUGUCCCUCUAUACAUUGAUGCAGAUUCUGUGUUAGUUUUCCAGGGUUUGUGCCUUAGUAGACUGAUGAACUUCCUUGAAAGGCGUCUCUUGCGUGAUGAUGAGGAAAAUCAGAAAAAGCUGGACAAGGGUCGCUGGUCCUUGAACUUAGAUGCGUUGUGCUGGAUGAUAGUAGAUCGUGUAUAUAUGGGUGCUUUUCCUCACCCUUCUGGUGUACUGAAAACUCUUGAGUUCUUGUUAUCUAUGUUGCAAUUGGCAAACAAAGAUGGACAAAUUGAAGAAGUAGCUCCAACUGGAAAGGGUCUUUUAUCGAUUGCAAGAGGAAGCAGACAACUUGAUGCUUAUAUUCAUUCAAUUCUUAAAAAUACAAAUCGUAUGAUAUUGUAUUGUUUCCUUCCAUCAUUCUUGAUCACUAUUGGAGAAGAUGAUCUUCUUUCAUGCUUAGGUUUUCUCAUUGAACCUAAGAAGAGAUUAUCCUCAUACUUUUCACAAGAUGAUUCAGGAACUGAUAUCUGCACGGUCUUACAGUUGUUAGUUGCUCACAGACGAAUUAUAUUCUGUCCCAGUAAUAUUGAUACUGAUCUAAAUUGCUGUCUUUGUGUGAAUUUAAUAUCUCUUCUCAGUGAUCAAAGGCGAAAUGUUCAGAAUUUGGCCGUUGAUGUUAUCAAGUAUCUACUGGUGCAUCGAAGGGCUGCACUAGAAGACCUGCUUGUCUCAAAACCAAACCAAGGACAACACCUGGAUGUACUACAUGAUGGUUUUGACAAAUUAUUGACUGGGAGUUUACCUGCUUUUUUUGAGUGGCUUCAGAGUAGUGAACAGAUUGUGAAUAAAGUACUGGAGCAGUGUGCAGCAAUUAUGUGGAGGCAGUAUAUUGCCGGAUCAGCAAAAUUUCCUGGAGUGAGAAUAAAGGGCAUGGAAGGUCGUCGUAAGAGGGAGAUGGGAAGAAGAUUACGGGAAACUUCUAAAUUAGACCUAAAACACUGGGAACAGGUAAAUGAACGCAGGUAUGCACUGGAAUUAGUUCGUGAUUUAAUGUCUACUGAGCUGAGAGUUGUCCGUCAAGAUAAAUACGGGUGGGUUCUUCAUGCCGAGAGUGAGUGGCAAACCCUUCUACAACAACUUGUACAUGAGCGUGGAAUAUUCCCAAUGCGUAAAUCCUCUAUGACUGAAGAGCCUGAAUGGGAGCUUUGUCCCAUUGAGGGUCCAUAUAGAAUGCGCAAAAAGCUUGAGCGCUGCAAAUUAAAAAUUGAUACCAUCCAGAAUGUUCUUGAUGGUCAGUUUGAUAUAGGGGAAGCAGAGCUGUCCAAAGCAAAAAAUGAGAAUGGACCUGAUGCUUCUGAUACUGAUUCUCAAUUAUUUUUUCCUCUUCUGACUGAUACUGCCAAACAAAAUGGUGUGGAUGGCGAGCAGUAUGGUCAAUCAUUUUUUAAAGACUCAGAUGAUGUAAAAGAUGAAGGUUCUGUUAGGAAUGGAUGGAAUGAUGACAGAGCUAGUAGUAUGAAUGAAACAAGCCUUCAUUCUGCCCUAGAGUCUGGUGUCAAGUCUAGUUCAGUGUCUGUCCCAAUGGCAGAGAGCAUACAUGAAAGAUCUGAACUAGGAUCUCCAAGGCAAUCUUCUUCUGGGAGAAUAGAUGACAUCAAAGUUACAGAGGAUAAAUCGGAUAAGGAACUAAAUGAUAAUGGAGAAUACUUGAUCAGACCUUAUCUGGAACCUCUUGAAAAGAUUCGAUUCAGAUAUAACUGUGAACGGGUUGUAGGUCUUGAUAAACAUGAUGGUAUAUUUCUGAUAGGAGAACUCUGUUUGUAUGUAAUUGAGAAUUUUUAUAUUGAUAACUCUGGGUGCAUUUGUGAGAAGGAAUGCGUAGAUGAACUAUCUGUUAUUGAUCAAGCUUUAGGUGUAAAGAAGGACACUAUUGGCAGUAUGGAUUUCCAGUCCAAAUCAUCUUCAUCUUGUGGUACAACAGUUAAGUCAUUGGUUGGAGGAAGGGCAUGGGCCUAUAAUGGUGGUGCAUGGGGAAAGGAGAAAGUAUGUACUAGUAGUAAUCUACCUCACCAUUGGCGUAUGUGGAAGCUUAAUAGUGUUCAUGAGCUUUUGAAGCGUGAUUACCAGCUGCGUCCUGUUGCUAUUGAGAUAUUUAGCAUGGAUGGAUGCAAUGAUCUGCUGGUGUUCCACAAAAGAGAGAGAGAAGAAAUUUUCAAAAAUCUAGUUGCCAUGAAUCUUCCUCGAAACAGCAUGUUGGACACAACCAUUUCAGGAUCAACAAAACAAGAAAGCAAUGAGGGUAGCCGUAUUUUUAAAAUAAUGGCUAAAUCCUUUUCAAAAAGGUGGCAAAAUGGAGAAAUAAGCAAUUUUCAGUACCUUAUGCAUCUCAACACCUUGGCAGGACGUGGAUACAGUGAUCUUACCCAAUAUCCAGUGUUUCCAUGGGUUCUUGCAGAUUAUGAGAGUGAAAAUCUAGACUUGGCAGAUUCAAAAACAUUUCGUUUUCUUGGAAAACCCAUGGGGUGUCAGACACCUGAAGGAGAAGAGGAAUUUAAGAAAAGAUAUGAGAGCUGGGAUGAUCCAGAGGUCCCAAAAUUUCACUAUGGUUCUCAUUAUUCUAGUGCUGGAAUUGUCCUCUUCUAUCUUCUACGCUUGCCACCAUUCAGUACAGAGAAUCAAAAACUUCAGGGUGGCCAGUUUGACCAUGCUGAUCGUCUUUUCAAUAGUGUUAGAGAUACUUGGUUAAGUGCAGCUGGGAAGGGCAAUACAUCAGAUGUGAAGGAACUGAUUCCAGAAUUUUUCUACAUGCCAGAGUUCCUGGAAAAUCAAUUCAAUCUUGACUUGGGAGAGAAACAAUCUGGAGAGAAGGUUGGUGAUGUUGUCUUGCCUCCAUGGGCCAAAGGCAGUGCAAGAGAGUUUAUCAGGAAGCACAGGGAAGCGCUGGAAUCUGAUUAUGUUUCAGAAAAUUUGCAUCAUUGGAUAGACCUCAUCUUUGGAUAUAAACAGAGAGGGAAGGCAGCUGAAGAAGCUGUGAAUGUUUUUUAUCAUUACACAUAUGAAGGGAGUGUGGACAUAGACUCUGUUACAGAUCCUGCCAUGAAGGCCUCCAUUUUAGCACAAAUCAAUCACUUUGGGCAGACACCAAAGCAACUAUUCCUCAAAGCUCAUGUGAAAAGGCGGGUUGACAGAAAGCUUCCUCCGCAUCCACUCAAGCAUUCUGCACAUCUUGUUGCACAUGAGAUACGUAAGAGCUCAUCUUCCAUUACUCAGAUUGUUAAUUUCCAUGAGAAAAUUCUUGUGGCUGGAACGAAUAAUUUGCUUAAACCAAGAACAUAUACAAAAUAUGUUGCGUGGGGUUUUGCGGACCGUAGCUUGAGAUUUAUGAGCUAUGAUCAGGACAGACUUCUUUCUACGCACGAAAAUCUUCAUGGGGGCAACCAGGUUCAGUGUGUUGGUGUUAGCCAUGAUGGUCAGAUUUUGGUUACUGGGGCUGAUAAUGGGUUAGUUUCUGUAUGGAGAAUCAGUAAGUAUGGGCCUCGUGUUUUACGACGCUUGCAGUUGGAGAAGGCACUUUGUGCCCACACGGGCAGGGUUACAUGCCUUCAUGUUAGCCAGCCUUACAUGCUCAUUGUGAGUGGAUCAGAUGACUGCACUGUUAUCAUAUGGGAUCUCAGCUCCUUGGUUUUUGUUAGGCAGCUCCCUGAGUUCCCAGCGCCAGUCUCAGCAAUAUACGUAAAUGACUUGACUGGGGAGAUUGUGACAGCAGCUGGAAUUCUGCUUGCCGUUUGGAGCAUCAAUGGGGACUGCCUUGCAGUGGUUAACACAUCCCAACUGCCCUCUGAUUCUAUUCUCUCAGUUACUAGUAGUACGUUCUCUGAUUGGCUAGACACAAACUGGUAUGUGACUGGUCACCAGAGUGGGGCUGUUAAGGUGUGGCAAAUGGUUCACUGCUCUACUCAAGAGGUUUCUCAAAGCAAGUCAACUAGCUAUGGGGCAGGAGGGUUAAAUCUGGGCGAUAAGGUACCAGAGUACAGGCUGGUCCUGCACAAGGUGCUGAAGUUCCAUAAGCAUCCAGUUACUGCACUUCAUCUCACAAGUGACCUGAAGCAGUUAGUUAGUGGGGAUUCCAACGGCCAUUUGCUGUCAUGGACACUGCCAGAUGAUAGUUUGAGAGCUUCAUCUAAUCAGGAGUGAUGGUGAAAAGUUAAUGGUUGAGUGUGAUAACUACAGUUCUUGGAGAAUCCAAGAAGGGUUCUGGUAGUCCAUCCUCAAGAGAAGAAUGGACCAUGUGCAUAGUAUAUGGGAAAUGAGAAUACGGCAACAGGGCUGGCCUGGGAUUGAAGCUGCAGACACAGGGUGGACAAGGGGGAUGAAAUCUCUCAUGAGCUUGUGGCAAAUGUUGAAAAUAUGACGGGCACGAGGCCUUCCAGAACGUAUAUCCGCCUCGAUCUGAUGAGAGCAAAAGGUGAUGGGCCUUGCUCUUCUUGUAUUUUGGGAGAAUGGAGGAUGCUUUCAAACACUGCACCAAAAUAUCAAGUGUACUGCUUUUUUGAUGUAAAUAGAUGGACUGACCAAAUAGUGUAUAAUGAAACUGUAUAGUGAAAAAGUGUGCCGGAAUGGGAUAGAUAGAGCUGUUAAUUGGUUGAGUGAUAUGGGUGUGGGACUGUUAAUUGGUUGAGUGAUAUCCUUUUGGCUUAAAUUUGGUUUUUUUACCAAUGGAGCUCCAGUUCCCAUUUCUUGUUCUAAAAAAAUGUAUCAAAGAUCUGUGCGCGUGCGCACGCUAUUAGGAUGUCUUUGUUCAUUCAAAA